AUGAAUAACCAAGGAAGUCAGAACGUUGCAACUUGCAAGCCCGUCACUACAUUUGUCCACACUGACACCAACACUUUCAGAGAAGUCGUGCAGCGGUUGACAGGUCCAUCAGAGAGCAAAGUUGCAGCGAUACCAGAAGCAACAGUGCUAAAAACCGCAAUUCAAAAGAGGCCGACUUCUAAGCUCCAUGAGAGAAGGCAAUGUAUGAGGCCAAAGCUUGAAAUUGUCAAACCUCCUGAAAGCUUUAAACCCACUGGUAAGACCCCAUCAUCUAAAUCUGGUAUUACCAAACUUUUAACAAGUCCAAAGGGCACUCCUUCUUCAUUGUUCUCUAAUUUGUUCUUGAUAGAAGGGGAUAAAGCAGAUCCAGAUAGUUGUACAACAAACAUCGAGGAAGAGGAGAAAGCCAUCAAAGAAAGACGCUUUUACUUACAUCCAUCGCCAAGGUCUAAACCCGGUUAUACAGAACCAGAGUUGCUUACUUUGUUUCCUUUAACAUCUCCCAAUUCGAGUGGCAGACCAUAA